AUGAUGCUGCAUCGCUUAGAUCAAACCACAAGCGGGAUCGUCCUGUGCGCCAAGACGAAGGCGGCUGCCAAAGCUUGUGCUGAGCAGUGGCACGAGGACGAUUGCAAGAAGGAGUAUUUGGCCAUCGCACUCGCUGAUGGUGAAUGCUCCCUGCGUCGUGUCGGCGCGACAACGGUGGUCGAUGUUCCGAUUGGUCCCGACCGGCAAUCGGACGACCCUGUCCGCCGAGCGAUCAACCUGGAAGAGGGCCAGUCUGCGGCAACACGUUUCGAGGUUCUAGCCACUGGCGCGGAUGGGGCUUUGCUUCUGGCCUGUCGUCUCGAGCGCUCGGGACGCACCCACCAG